GAGGCCACACUCAUUUCCCUACUUCCUCUGAUACUGUGGAGAUAGUACAUUACAGAGGCGGAGUUUACAGAUACCUUUAAAACCCUGAGUACCUGUGCUUGCAGGAUCAUUUCUUCUCAGCACCCUGCCCAGCAAUGAAUCCAAACACCUUAAAAAUAAAGGGAGGCUUGUCGGAGGCCAGACCUGCCACACCAGAAAUCCAGGAGAUUGCUGACAAGGUCAGACCACAGCUUGAAGAGAAAACCAAUGAGAAAUAUGAAAAAUUCGAAGCUGUUGAAUAUAAAGUUCAAGUCGUUGCUGGAAAAAAUUACUUCAUUAAGGUGGAUGUAGGGGGUGGUCGUUUCCUCCACAUCCAAGUCUUCAGUGGUAUUUCAAGAGAAAAAGGUUUGGAACUUACAGGUUAUCAGACUAACAAAACCAAGAAUGAUGAGCUGACCUCCUUGUAAGCAGCAAAUUCUAAAGUGAUCCAACCCUCUCAUUGUAAAGAGAUGCGGCCAUCAAUAAAGAAGCAUUCUUCAAAUAA